AUGAAGAUGGAUACACGUUCAGGCGCCAGCAGCGUCCGAUCCAGUCCGUAUCUGCAUUGCAAGAUGACUUCAUACACGUGGAUUUUACUCCUUCUGGCAAGUCUUGUGGCAACAAGAGCGCAAGAUUUGAACCUCGCUGAUGCUUUUGAUGAUGAUGGCAAGCCCCCUGCGAAGCCAACGGUGAAACCAGCCCCACCGAAAAACCCAGAUUCAGGAUUUGAUCUUUCAGAUGUCUUUGAUUUGGACCUGAAAACACCGGCAGUGGUUCCCCCCAAAUCAGAAGAUGAUAAAAAGGAACCAUCUGGAGGUGACCUCGAUCUGUCUGAUGCAUUUGGUCCAGAUACUGAGCCCAAAAAACCUGUGGUCCCACCCAAAGAGAGAGGAACUGGUGGUGGAACUUUUGAUGACAAAGACCUUUUUGAUGUGAAGGAAGGGGGUGAAUACAAGCCCGAUGGAGGGCAAAGUGGAGGACGAGGAGCAGACAUACCUGAUUAUGAUCAAAAUGGUGGUGCCUCUGAACAACCUCAAGGCGGAGCCCUGGCUGCCAUCAUUAGUUCCGUGGGUGUUGCUGUCCUUGGAGCUGCCUCAAGUUACUUUGCAUACCAGAAAAAGAAACUCUGUUUCAAAGUACAAGGAGGGGAGGAUCCAGAGAGUGGCAAAAACCGUGGUACUCAGUCUGAUCCUCAAGUUCUCAGCAACCUGCUCCGUUCAUCGUAACUGCAUUGGAUCUGCACAUUGAAAUAAUAUAUGCACACUGAGCAUGUACAGCUAUGGAGAGCCUAACCAUAUGGGAAACAUCUGUUACAUAAAAGGCUGGUUUAAGACAGUUUUAAAAAUCUUAAUGUAAGUGUGUUUUUGUUUUAUUUGUAGUUUUUAUUUGGAUUAUCUAAGUUGUAUUGACUCUGAUCUUUAUUUUAAGAAUGUAUUUUUUUUUUGUAACAAAUUUUUCAUCUUUAGAGGAAGUAGAAUAAUAUGUCACUAAAUGGCUCGGUGUUCUUUUUGUUUUUCAAAUAGUGCCAAUGUAAGAUACUGCACUUUAAAAUGACAUUGUUACUAUUUUUGUAGAAGUACAGCAAGUUGCAUAAGGGACUUGCUGUCGUAAAGUGCAAGCUGUCUGUACGGGUGAAUGCAUCAGUUACGCUUUUGUUCAUUCUUGCAUUACUCAUAAUAUGAAUUAGAGACUGCCUUCUUUCCCAAUCAAACAGAAGACUAUGAGGAAGAGGAGGAUGAUGUUGCUGAUAAUGUAUGCUGUUGAGAAUUGAACUACAAGUGGCAAAAUGUGACAUUAAUAAAAUAA